UGUUUUCUGUUGAGCAGUGAACUUCAGCUACCCGUCACUGGAGGAGCCCAAACCUCCAACCCCUCCUCCCCCCGAGCCGGACCCUGAACCCCAGGCUCCCCCUGCCUCCCUGGGUAGUGUACAGGUGAACGGUGCCCCCCUGGAGGAUCUGACCCCCUCCACAUGGAUGGAGGCUGACGCCACAGACUCACCCCACACAGGGUUCACUCACCCUGGAGUAGACCACAGCAAGAAGGACCCUGGAGCCGGUCCAGGGACCCCCAGCCAGCCUGGAGGGACAGCCAAGCACAUCCCACAGAUCGACCGUACCAAGAAGCCAUCAGUCAGAGUCUCAGACGGGUCUAAACCCCCCCUGGAUGCCCUCCCCAGGGACCUGCCCCCCUCCUCCCAGAAUGGCCCGUCUGUACCCCAACCCAACCGCUCGGUCAAACCGGCCUUUGACCCGGCGGUGCCGCUGACGGACGAGGAACGAGGUCAGAUCCACACAGAGACGGCGGCUCUGAUGGAGAAGGCCCGGAGAGAGCAGGAACAACGCAAACAGGAACGCCGCACCGAGGAGGAGUGGAGAGAGAGGGAACGCCGGGAGAAGGAAAAUGAGGAGAUGGAGAGGAGGAAAGAGGAAGAGAACAGGACUCAGGAGAGGAAGAGGUUGGAGAGACACAAGGCAGAGGAGGAGAAGGAGAACGGGGUUAGGGAAGAGCGAGAGAAGAGGGGGAAGGAGCAGAGGGAGGAUACGCCGACCAACGGUGAUUCUCUGGACUCGCCGGCUCCCAACCGUAUCGUCACGGAGAUUAAGCGGGAGCUCCUAACCAGAGCCAGAAGUGAAGAGAUGGGGAGGAGUGUACCAGGCCUGCCUGUUGGCUGGAUGAAGUUCUUGGAUACGGUAACCGGUACCUACCGUUACUACCAUUCCCCAACCAACCGGGUGCACCGCUACCCCCCUGAGGUCAGCGUGCCCCAGACGCCCCCCUCCACCCCUCCUACGGCCAAACAGAAGCAGCCUCGCCCCGCUGAGCCAGACCAGACCAUGGAACGUGACCAGGAGCAGUCCAAACUGAAACGUUCCUAUUCUUCUCCAGACAUCAGCCAGGACCUGAGGGAGGAGGGGCUAAAGAAGGUUACCGCCCCUAUAACUGCAGCCACGCGCCCAACCUUUAACAGGGAGACCAAACCGUCCACUGCUAGCGUCUACACCAAGGUGGAGAUCGCCCGUCCAUCCGCGGCUAAGAUCCGCAACCUGAACCCUGUGUUCGGCGGUCUGGGCGCCUCACUCACCGGCCUGCGUAACCUCGGUAACACCUGCUACAUGAACUCCAUCCUGCAGUGUCUCUGCAACACCCCGGCCAUGGUCGACUACUUCAACAAGAACCUCUAUCAGGAGGAUAUCAACAGGGCAAAUAUCCUGGGUCACCGAGGCGAGGUGGCAGAGGAGUUUGGUGUGAUCAUGAAGGCUCUGUGGUCAGGCCUGUAUAAGUGUAUCAGCCCCCGUGACUUUAAGGUCACUAUAGGGAAGAUCAAUGAAUCCUUCUCUGGCCAGGAACAACAGGACUCCCAGGAGCUGCUGCUCUUCCUUAUGGACGGACUCCACGAGGACCUCAACAAGGCUGCUAACCGUAAGGGUUACAUAGAGGAGGAGAAUGACGAUCUGGACGACCAGCGGGCUGCUGACCAGGCCUGGACCAAACACAAGCUGCUCAACGAGUCUGUCAUCGUAGCGCUGUUCCAGGGUCAGUUUAAGAGCACAGUUCAGUGUCUCACCUGCCACAGGAAGUCCCGCACCUUCGAGACCUUUAUGUACCUGACCCUGCCUCUGGCCUCCACCAACAAGUGUUCCCUGCAGGACUGUCUGAAGUUGUUUUCUAAGGAGGAGAAGAUGACCGACCAGAACAAGGUGUUCUGUCGACACUGUAAAGCUCUCAGAGACUCCGUCAAGAAACUGGAGAUCUGGAAGGUUCCGCCCAUCAUACUGGUUCACCUUAAACGGUUCUCGUACGAGGGCCGUUGGAAGCAGAAGCUGCAGACCACAGUAGACUUCCCUCUGGAGAACCUGGACCUCAGUCAGUAUGUCAUCGGACCCAGACUCGGCCUCAAGAGAUACAACCUGUUUGGAGUGUCUAACCAUUAUGGAGGUCUGGAUGGGGGUCACUACACAGCCUACUGUAAGAACGCCAUGAAACAGCGCUGGUACAAGUUUGACGACCACGAGGUCUCCGAAAUCUCCACCUCCACCGUCAAGUCCUCCGCAGCGUACAUCUUCUUCUUCUCCUCUCUGUGAGAGUCAGAGCUGCAACACUGCCAGGAGCUAUGAGGCGACAUAAAGGCUACAUAAAGGCUACAUAAAAGCUAGCUAACAUGCAAGCUGCUUUGACUCAGCUUCCUCUGCUGUGGGGGAGAAAGGAACUGAACUGGCCAUGUUUUUGUUAACUGAACUGAACUGCCAGGGGCCAUACUUGUGAACUUUUGCUUAGAGCAUGGUUUAAACCAUUAGUCUAAAAUGGCUGCUAUCUGUUUCUCUCAGGCCAACUUGGCCAAAUUAGCCACAACGCUAAUUAGCCACCACGCUGAGGAAGGCCAGCUAAGUAGAUGAUUAUAUCCGAAUAAACAAAUCAACCUAUCAGAUAACUUAGAGCCACCAUCCAAUCACAUUUGUUCAUGAGGUAAAUUGGCUUCCAACUGAUUGGUCUGAGUGGAGUUUCCCCAAGAUCUGUUUUGCAUGAUGCUUCCUUGACUAGGCAAGUGGCAUCAUAAAAAAAAUUACGGUUUUCGCAUAUAUGAUGAAGUUCUGUGUUGUUUCUUAUCCAUUUAACACACAUCCAUGUACUUUUCAAUUACAAACGUAGGAGGAUUAUAUUAUAACAUGUUUGUUAUUCAUACAUUGUCAAAGUGAUUUAUUUUUAAGGAGGAAAAUCAUGGUCUAAGCAGAAGUUCACAAGUAUGUCCAUGCAAGGUUUGUAGGUGUUGGAUAACUGAACUGGCUAGGUUUGGUGGUUUUGGUAGACUGAACUGGUUAGGUUUGGUGGUUUUGGUAGACUGAACUGACAGGUUGAAAUGUGGAUGUGUGGAAAGAGAGGGACACACUGUAGCAUGGUAGAAGGGUGGGUUAGUGACUGGGUGGGUGGAAAGACAGGGACACACUAGUGUGGUAGAAGGGUGGGUUAGUGACUGGGUGUGUGCAGGAAAGGGAGAGACGCAGGCACUCCGAUGCUUCAACUCAUAGAGGACUCAACAGCUGUUAAAACACAACGUCUAUUCAUAUUAAACCAGAGAGCAGGGAGAGGGUUCCCUGUUCUAAUCACCUCAGCUUAAAACCCUGUUCUUAACACAGCAACGUUGUCAUUCUGCUAGUUCUGGGUUUCAGUUGAAUCUGUGUGGAGUGGACAGACUUUUGUUCGUAUACACAGACCUGAUACACAGACCUGAUACACAGACCUGAUACACAGACCUUAUUUAAGCUUCCAUGUACUGUGAAUCUUCUAGUGAAGAGUAUAGGGACGUUUAGUUAGGAAGACUGACGUUUAGUUAGGAAGGCUGACGUUUAGUUAAGAAGACUGACGUACAGGGACGUUUAGUGUGACGUACAGGGACGUUUAGUGUGACGUACAGGGACGUUUAGUGUGACGUACAGGGACGUUUAGUGUGACGUUCAGGGACGUUUAGUGUGACGUACACGGCCUUCGAAAAGUUUUCAGACCCCUUGACUUUUUCCACAUUUUAUUACGUUACAGCCAAUGUAUUGAAUUGUUUUUUCUCCUCAUUAAUCUACACACAAUAACCCAUAAUGACAUCACAAUAACCCAUAAUGACAUCACAAUACCCUAUAAUGACAUCACAAUAACCCAUAAUGACAUCACAAUACCCCAUAAUGACAUCACAAUAACCCAUAAUGACAUCACAAUAACCCAUAAUGACAUCACAAUAACCCAUAAUGACAUCACAAUAACCCAUAAUGACAAAGCAAAAACAGGUUUUUGUAAAUGUUUGCUAAUUUAUUCAAAAUAAAUAAGUAUUUACAUAAGUA